GCAGAGCCAGGCUGGGCCACCGCGCGCAAUUGCGCUGCGCUUUGGAGAGGCGCCGCCGCCGCCCCCUGACCGGGCCCCGCGUCGCCUGCUCGGGGCUGCGUAAGGCCUCUCCCCGCCUCGUCGGGAAGCCGAGGCCGGGGACGACGGGCCGGCGAGGAAGAAGCGCCGCCCUCUCCUGAGCCCCCGAAUCCGGCUCCCCCCCUUCCUCCCUCCCUCCUUCCCCGAGUUGGGUGCCAAUGGCCGGCGCCUCGUCUGGAAGCCGCCUGCUGCGGCACGCGCGGAGGAGGCGGCGAAGGCGGCGGCAGUCCGGGAAAGCUGGCCGCCGGGAAUAGGGGCUGCCUCGGGCUCGCCCUCUGCCGCAGCCACCCGCAGCUGCCUGCCUCGCCUCUCCUCCCCCCCUGGGCCCGGGCGAUCCGCUCCGUGCGCGCUGCAUGGCGCCGGCGCUUCCAGGAGGCCGGGGGUCCCAGGCCGCGGUCGGGGUUGCUGCUUGGAACCAAGCCCCCACGGGAAUCCGAGGGUCUUUCCCCCAGGUCGACUCCUGGAGUCGUUGUUCCCGGCUGCUGAGCGGCGCGAUUGAGAAGCGCGGAUCCCGUUAAGGAAACCGUCGCUGAUACUGAGAACUCCCCCGGGCCCAAGGCAAAUAUAUGGCUGACAAGACCUUAAAAGGAUGUGGGUGUUUCUUCGACUGUUCUUUACGCUGAUCGUGCUGUGCACCUGCUCCUUCCUUUAUUUCUUGCUCUGCCCUCGCUUCUGCGUGCCCCUGUGUUGGCUGAGCUGCCAGCGUUCCGAAGAACAAGAGAGACGUUUGCCACCCGUGUCUGGAGCUGUCCAGUUUGAGGGUUACAUCAGUGUUCCCGAUGGCAAGCCGUUGGUCCGAACCCCAUGCCGCCAGUGUGCUGUGGUAUCCAGCUCAGGGCAGAUGCUGGGUUCACACUCGGGGAAGGAGAUCGACGACAAGGAGUGCGUCCUGCGUAUGAACCAGGCCCCGACGCAGGGCUACGAGGACGAUGUCGGUGCCCGGAGCACCGUCCGGGUGGUUUCUCACACCAGUAUCCCCUUGCUGCUGAGGAACCAGUCCUACUUCUUCAGACAGGCCCGGGACACCAUCUACGUCAUUUGGGGGCCCACGAAGCUUAUGAGCAGGGAGAAGGUGGGCAUGGUUUAUCGGACGCUCCUCAAGGUGAAGGAGAUGUACCCCAGCCUGCAGCUCUACACACUGACUGAGAGGAUGAUGGCCCACUGCGAUGAUCUGUUCCAGGUCGAGACCGGGAAGGACAGGAUGAAGUCCGGCUCCUACUUGAGCACAGGCUGGUUCACCAUGGUCUUGGCGAUGGAGAUGUGCGAGCAGAUCUUUGUCUUCGGCAUGGUCAACGACAGCUAUUGCAGAGACAAGACUCAGGCCCCUGUGCCUUACCACUACUUUGAGAAGGGCAAGCUGGACGAAUGCCGGAUGUACCUGGCCCACGAAAGAGCUCCACGCGGGGGGCACCGCUUCAUCACCGAGAAGGCCGUCUUUUCUCGCUGGGCCAAGAAAAGGAACAUUGUUUUCACUCACCCCUCGUGGCCAGGUGGCUAAGGGUGGGCUUCUGCCCCCCGGACUCUGUUGUGGCUUGAAACGCUGUGCCUGGUUUGCAGGUGGUGCCCUUGUGAUAAUUUCCUGGGGAGCCAUGCCAAGUGAGUUGCCUACGUUGAAGGGCCCUCAAGAAGGGAGAGUGUGAAGAGGAAAAAGGAGCCUUUGGGGACAAAGCGGCCAUCUUGGCAAGGCCUCUCCCUGGAUCCACCCCCAUUGACUGUUGUACUAGUACUGAAUCAGGAUUAAUACCGUAAUUCUGGGUUUUAUAGAGACCUGUGCUGGCACAUAGUGGGCCUCUGUGUUUUUAAACCUGUGUUCUUAGUUUUUCAUUUUUUUUCUCCUAUGGAUUUGACCUCCCUGAAUGUGAGGCAAGAGUUUAUGCCUGUUCCCUUGCAGUUCUGCUUAGGAAAAAUACUUUUUUUUAAAGGUCUGAUAGGAAGCCUAGACUGCACAGACCUACUGCAGAAUGAGUUGGUAGAGUCCGGAGGCGGUAGAGUAGACUGUACCACUUCAGGCCACACUUUCUGUCUAUAUACAGGAGUCUUCCCCCCCCCCAUGGGUGAACAUUCAGAAGUAAUGACCUUCCCCUAUAGUUUGAAGUGGUAUAGCCCUCCAUUUCAACUUACUACCACCUCCAGACCUGACCUCCACAUGAGACCUUUCAACACAAAGCUUUCAGGCAGUUUGGGUGCUGAACGCCAGUGGUGGUUUUUUUCCCCCUUUGUGCUUGCUUGCGUUUCCAUUUCGUGUCCUUUUCGUCUCGUUUCCCAGCGCCUUCUUAAAUAGGAUCAAAGGUGGUUUGAGAACUGAUGAGGGAAAACACGGAAACAUAACAAAUGGUGUACAAGUAAGUGAGGAAGCGCAGAGGGGGGGAAAGACAGGGCAUUUCUGCCCCAAACUGUGGGGAAAGCUCUCCUUGCAAAGUCCGACAGAAGUUUAUCACUGCCUUGGUUUUCUUUGGGGGGUUAGGGAACAUCCAUUCCACGUAAUGUUGUCCUCUAAUGGCCUGCCUUCCAGUCUUUCCCCAUCGCAACGACCAACAUCUUUCCUGGUGCCCACAAUGUUAUUUUCGGAAGUUAUUGGAGGCAUGUGGAGUUCUUG